CCUCUGAAGUUUUAUAAAGAGGACCAGAGACUAGAGAGUGAAAAUAACUGAGGGGAAGAGCCCCCCACCUAGCCCUGCUCCCCCAGGCUCCCAGAAAUCUCAGGGCAGAGGGCACAAACAGCCUCUGGAGCUCUUGCCUUGUGGGACCAUGAACUGGCAGCGGCUGUGGCUGGUCUUCCUACUCCCCAUGACAGUCUCGUGCUGGGCCCUGGGGCCUGGAGAGGAGGCAGCAGUGGAUUACUUGUUGCAAUACGGGUACCUACAGAAGCCUCUAGAAGGACCUGAUGACUCCAGGCCAGAAGCUAUCACAGAGGCUCUGAGAGCUUUUCAGGAAGCAUCUGAGCUGCCAGUCUCAGGUCAGCUAGAUGACGCCACGAGGGCCCGUAUGAGGCAGCCCCGUUGUGGUCUGGAGGACCCCUUCAACAAGAAGACCCUUAAAUACCGGCUGCUGGGCCGCUGGAGAAAGAAGCACCUGACCUUCCGCAUCUUGAACCUGCCCUCCACCCUCCCAUCCUACACAGCCCGGGCAGCCCUGCUUCAAGCCUUCCAGUACUGGAGCAGUGUGGCUCCCUUGACCUUCCGGGAGGUGAAGGCUGGCUGGGCUGAUAUCCGCCUCUCCUUCCAUGGCCGCGAAAGCCCAUACUGCUCCAGUACCUUUGAUGGGCCUGGGCGGGUCCUGGCCCAUGCCGACAUCCCAGAGCUGGGCAGUGUGCACUUUGAUGAAGAUGAGCUCUGGACUGAGGAGACCUACCGGGGGGUGAACCUGCGCAUCAUUGCAGCCCACGAACUGGGCCAUGCCCUGGGGCUUGGGCACUCCCGAUACACCCAGGCCCUCAUGGCCCCUGUCUAUGCUGGCUACCGGCCCCACUUCAAGCUGCACCCGGAUGACGUGGCUGGGAUCCAGGCUCUCUAUGGCAAGAAAAGCCCAGAGAUAGAGGAUGAGGAAGAAGAGACGGAGCUCCCCACUGUACCCCAAGUGCCCACGGAACCCAGUCCCAUGCCAGACCCCUGCAGUGGUGAACUGGACGCCAUGAUGCUGGGGCCCCGAGGGAAGACCUACGCUUUCAAGGGAAACUACGUGUGGACCGUGACAGAUUCAGGGCUGGGUCCCUUGUUCCAAGUGUCUGCCCUUUGGGAGGGGCUCCCAGGAAACCUGGAUGCUGCUGUCUACUCUCCUCGGACGCAAUGGAUUCACUUCUUUAAGGGAGACAAGGUGUGGCGCUACGUUAAUUUCAAGAUGUCUCCUGGCUUCCCUAAGAAGCUGAAUAGGGUAGAACCCAACCUGGAUGCUGCUCUCUAUUGGCCUCUCAACAAAAAGGUGUUCCUCUUUAAGGGCUCCGGUUACUGGCAGUGGGACGAGCUGGCCCCAACUGAUUUCAGCCGCUACCCCAAACCAACCAAGGGGUUGUUUACAGGAGCGCCAGACCAGCCCUCAGGUGCCAUGAGUUGGCGGGAUGGCCGCGUCUACUUCUUUAAGGGCAAACAGUACUGGCGCCUCAAUCGGCAGCUUCGAGUAGAGAAAGGCUAUCCCAAAGAUAUCGCCCACAACUGGAUGCACUGUCGUCCCCAGACCCCAGACACCACCCCAUCAGAUGGGGACACCACUUCCUCAGCCACAGGAACAACCUUGGAUGCCACUUCCUUGGCCAUAGAUGUCACUUUGAACACUGACCGCUCAGCCAGAGAUACGAUCUUGGACAUUACCCUCUCAGCCACAGCCUCCACCACCCUUUUAUUCCCUGGUAACGUCACCCUCCCAGAGAUCUAAGACCUCAGUCAAACGUCUGCUGCAGCACGAGCAUGAACCAUGGACCUCACACCUCUAAAUGUCCCAGCUCCAGCCACCACUCCCCUGUAUUCUUUCCCUCCUGGGCAGUGACUCUCUAACUCAGCCCCCAACUCCAUCCAUUUCUUCCCCAUCUACCUCUCUGGAGGACACUGGUAGAGGAAAGGCAGCCAUCAGGCUUUUAGCUGACAGGAGGCCACAACUGGGAAAGCCUGGGUCCUGUUCUUCCUAGAUAAAGUGCAAGAAAACUGCAUAGCCAGUAAAAUGAGCAAUGGCUUUGUAAUCCUUGAGAAUCACAUGUACUUGCUUAUGACUUUGGGCAAGUUAAUUAACCUCAUUAAGCCGUGGAUUUCCCAUCCACAAAAUAAGGUUAAUACCAAUCCUGCAGGGUUGUUGCAUUAAAUGAAAUACUAUAUGUGAAGUGCCUGGAGCAUUUGUGCUUCAUAAAGGUUAACUUCACGUUCA